AUGGACAAGACGCCCAGCCCUUUGCCAGACAGCACGACAGAACUUGCCGAGACUUUCGUGACCGAUGAGACCGAGAAAAGAAGGUCAGAUCGUUCGUCAACUCAGGAGAUGAUGGUCACCGAAAGUGUCAAGGCAGGUCCACAGGCGCCAGUGACCUUGCCCAGUCUCGACCACCUCACACUGGAGGAACUGGCAACCGAGACCAUAGCCUUUGGACAGAAGUACAAGGGGCACCAGUAUCAGGAUACCUGGCAGGACCAGGAGUGGAUUCAGUUCAUGGUGUCGCGGUACCAGAACAGCAGCAAGGAGGAACACCGAAGGUUUCUGAAGUAUGUGGAACUUCAGGUCUCAGCCAUCGAACAGGGUCAAGGGACGGCACCUGUCAGCAGCCAGACAGUGAUCGCUCCCCGAGCAAAGCCCAAAGUGAAGCCCAUGGCCAAGAGUAUCGCCACAGCUUCCGGCACCUCUUCGCCAGCUGGAGAAAGCGGAUGGGACAUGGCCACAGAGAUGUACGACCCACCGACUAUGAACCCGACUCCCAUGCCGCUGAUGGAGGACAUGGCAGCUGUCCAACAACGAUUGCUGCACAUGGAGAAUGCCAUGACCAGAGUCAUCCGGUACAUCGAGAACAAGGAGAACCUCAUGAAUCCCAUGCCGGAGGAGGAAGAGGACUGGUGA